AUGCGCAACGUUCAUGACCGUAUUCCUUUUAUCCGUGUCCUGCCUCUAUCGGUGGUUUCGAUUAUUUUUGCGCUGCUCCUCGUCAAUGCGUUGGUUUGGACCGGUACCGGCAUUGCAUUGCACACUCAAAGUAGUGGGGCCUUGAUCUCCACCGCCGUCCUUUCGUACACUCUUGGCCUAAGGCAUGCGCUGGAUGCCGACCAUAUAUCUGCGAUCGACCUCAUGACCCGGAGACUCGUCGCGGCUGGCCAACAUCCGGUAACUGUAGGCAUGUUCUUCUCCCUGGGGCACUCGACGAUCGUCAUCAUCACCAGCAUCGUGGUCGCGGCGACUGCCGGUGCGAUCAGUAACAAGUUCGACCAGUUCAGCUCGACAGGUGGGAUCAUCGGUACCUCCGUCUCCGCUGCUUUCCUCCUCGUCCUCGGCAUCGUCAACAUAUAUAUUCUCUACAAGCUUGUCGAACAACUCCGCAAGAUCCUCUCCAGGGCUCCUGAUUCCGAACUGGACGCCUUCUCGUUUGAAGGAGGAGGAUGUCUGUUCUCGAUCUUCAAAGGGAUGUUCAAGCUAAUAGACACCCCCUGGAAGAUGUAUCCGUUGGGCGUGCUUUUCGGGCUGGGAUUCGACACCUCGUCUGAGGUCGCGCUCUUAGGUAUAUCUUCAAUCGAAGCGACGAAGGGGACCAACAUCUGGAUUAUACUGUGCUUUCCUAUCCUGUUUACCGCUGGAAUGUGCCUCCUCGACACGACAGACGGUGCCCUCAUGAUGGCGCUGUAUACCUCUACGGCACGAGCUCGGGAUCCUAUCACCGUGCUAUAUUUCUCCGUCGUCCUUACCGGAAUCACCAUCAUCGCUGCCCUUGCCAUAGGCUUCAUACAACUCUUCACGCUCAUACUCAACACCGCGAACCCUCACGGCGCUUUCUGGGACGGCGUGGCCGCUGCGGGCGAUAACUUUGACAUCAUCGGCGGAGCCAUAAGCGCGUCGUUUGUGCUGUUUGGUGGUAUCAGCGUCCUCUUGUACCGUCCAUGGCGUCGCUACGUCGAACAGCAUCGACCACGGGCUGAUCUCAUGUUGAAUACUCUCGACGAGAAAGCCAACGUCCCGGUCUCGAACGAGAUCGAGCACGGUGGCCCAGGCCCGGGUUCAUCUCCGGAACGAGACGGAACCGAAGACAAGGAAGUGAAAGAGAUUGCGGUUGAUGUUGAAGAGGUGUAA